CUAAAUUUACAACACCUUGGACGCGACGCAGUUCAGACCCCGCCCCAACAACAAGAAGCCAUUUUCUAUUCAUGCUCUCUCUCUCUCUCUCUGGACUAUGGGUAUUGGUCUUUCCUCAUUUUCACUCUGAGUCGCUUUGCUGCUAUCCUCUUCCUCCUAUAAGGAAGCUGAACAAACCCACUCUCUCUAUUUAAUUUAAAACAAACAACCUUCCUCUUCUGGAUUCUUACUCCCCUCCUCUCUCUCUCCAUCUUAAUACCCGGAAGUCUGUUUCCUUUUUACCUUUUAUGGUCGUCUCCUUUCUGUUUCCUACCUUUUUUGGGCUCUCUGUAAAACUCCCAACUUUGCACGCUUCUUCUUCAGGCUCCCAAAAAGAAACUCUCUUUUUUGAUUCUGUCUUCUGAUUCUUCUUCAUCUGGCAUCAACAUGGAGGAAUGGAGGAGGAGCGGACAAAUACCGGCUUUCGGAGACUGGAAAACCGCGAACGAACUGCCAAUCACCCAGUAUUUCGAUUGCGCUAGGCAGGCUGGCCUCAUUCGUUACAGUAACUCCUCCGGCGAAUGCGACCGCCCCCUCGCCGCCGCCGCCGAUCACCAUCGUUUUUACGCCGCCGCUGAUUAUCAGAAGCCUACGCCGGCCCCACCUUGCCACAAUCACACCCAGCGAAAGACAAGAUUGAGAGAGAAGCGAGGUGCGGCGGCGCCACCAGCGGCGCAUGUUAAGGACAGGAAGCAUGGCAGAGUUCGUGACGCGACGGAACCCACGGCGGCGGAGCCGCCACGCAAGCCACAACGUCAGCACAACCACAAGCAGAAACAUUCGUCAACAACCUCCAACGACGCCGUUCCACAGCGGCCCAGGGUUCCGGUCAGGCCUCCCAAGGCGGUCGACGAGGACCUCUACAAAAUCCCACCUGACCUAUUGCGCCGUUCUUCCAAAAGGACGAAAGUGCCAGGGUUCCUGGCAUGCUUCGUACCAUCUGCUUGCGCUUCUUAGAGGCAGUGGGGACUGGGAAUGCUCAUCAGACGGUCGAAGCUUGACCAGCUCAGCAAAUCUUAGCUGGCUGGGGCUGCUGCUACUAACCCAUUGGAGGGACCAGGAGCCUUUUGAGAGGAUUACCGAAGUUACCUUGUAGUGUCUAACAUCUUUCUGUACAAUGCGAUGUAAUAUAGUAUUUGUGGAAAAAGCAGUAAGUUCUGCCGUAUGGAAUAUUGUUACAGAUGUUUCUGUGAUGUAGGAAGUGUUUUU